CAGUUCAGUUUCGAACCCUUGUGCUGAGUGUUCAUCUCCGAGUACCAGAGACAUCUUUCGCAGAUCAUCGAGCAAUUUCGUGAAAUAAAACAACUGGCAUUUAAUGCCUCCCGAUCUACAGUGCUAACACAAUCCAAUCCCCUUUCAAUUGGUUCAACUUAGUUGAAAGUAUAAAAAAACAAAGACAAUCUGGGACACAUUUCGAUAAGUGCGAAAUACUCCCCAAACACCCAUUUGUCGCGGACUUUGAGUUUGGCUUUUGAAUGCUGCUGCUGCUGAACGGAAAAAUCAUAAACCUCGAUCGGCAUUUCGCAGAGUGCUGGAAGCUAAGCUUUAUAAGAAACUUUGAAUUUUUCUCCCUCCUCAGUGUUAUUUCCCUAACCGCUGCUAAAAUGGCCGCCAUUCCCCAAGGUGCAUUCGCCGCAUGCAAGAUCCGCGAGCAAUUUAACGAACGCGAGAUGAUCGUCGCCCGUCUGAGGUCCGCUGCCUCCGAUAAGGGUUCCGUUGACAACGGCAACGCUCUAACCCAGCGCGAGUACUCCCCGAACAAGUACAACGACAAGCUAAUGAACUCCAUCUGGGGCCUGUACAAUCGCUAUUCGCCCCAUAAUGUGAAGAAGAAUGAGUACGCCCCCACCAAGUGAAGACCUAAAGGGGGCACGACGGCUUCCUCAAGGUCCAGUUGUCGUGUCCCAACUCCGCCAGCAUCCCCACCAGGAUGUUGGCCCCCCUCACUUAUAUACUCAAAAAACUAUAAUCUCAUACACUAUAAUCUCAUACACUAUAAUCUCAGACAAUUUAAACACUUGAAAACCGUUGUUAACAAAUAUAUACAUAUUUUAUUAUAUUAUGUUUGUAAAUGUCACUAAAUACUUAUGAUAUUGCAUGUAAAGGAACAAAUCAAAGAAGCCUAAUUUAAUUUAAUGCUUUUUAUAUAAGUGGAAACUAUAUCCACACACACUGUAAUCUCAAUCAAUCAAAUAUCUAUUUAAUUUUGUAAUGUUUGUAAAUUUCAAUAAAUACUUAUGAUAUUGUAUGUAAAGGGA